AUGAAUUACAACAUGAAUCAAAUCGAAGAAGUUUCCUUGAAUCAGAAAAACAUUCGUGAUAAAACAGGAUUGCCAAUCAAAAGAUUCUACUCUGUUAAAAUGCAAUGCUAAAUUUGUUUUGAUGAUUUGACAACAAAUGAAGAUGAAAUAUUCAGAACAAACUGUGGAGACACCUUCCACAAAAACUGCAUCUCUAAACUAAUUGAAAACUGCUUGAAAGAAAGAUAUCAAUAACUGACAUGUCCAUCAUAAGGCUGCAAAGAAAAACUAUCUGCCUCACUCCUACCUAAAUUAGGAUUCAAUUUUCAAUAAAUCAACAUCUAUUUUAGUGCAUAAUUGGAUGAAUUAGUAAUCAAACAUUAAAAUAAAUUCUCGUGUUGUCCAACACUUGGAUGUUAAAAUAUUUUCAUCAUCAAUCAAAGUGGAGAUCCAGCCUUUUACUGCGAAUUUUGCACUAAAAAAUAUUGUCUGAGAUGCAAAUCUGAAUCACAUCCAUAAUUCACUUGUGAAUAAUUCUAAUUAACCAAAAACAAAGAAAACAAUGAAAGAGAAUUCAAGAAGUUAGUCGAAAAUAUGAAUUGCAAAUAAUGUACCAAUUGUGGAGCCUGGAUUUUGAAAGAAAAAGGAUGUAAUCACAUGAAAUGCAAAUGCUUUUACGAAUUCUGCUAUAGAUGUGGAAGAAAAUAUAGACACCCAGACUGCAAAUGUCCCUUGUUUGACAGAGACAAUUUACCAUAACCAUGAAAAAAAUUACAUAAAAUUGAAAUAUAAUAUAGUUUAUUA